GCCACUCGGGAGCCUCGCGGCAGCCCGGUGCCCCACUUGGCAAUCCGCUCCGAGCUUCUUCCUCGCGCCCGCCUCCUCUUGUCACCUCCCGUCUCAGCCUCCUUGCUCCAUCCCCGCCGCAUCCAGCGCCAUCCCGAGUGCCUCGGACAGCGAGAGGCGGUGCGUGGGGCUGCAGGGCGCGCCCUCAAGCGGACCCCGGCUCGGCAUUGAGGGGCACGGGCAGCAGCAUGGACACCAAGCGCUGCUUCGCCAACCGCUUCGAUGACUACCAGGGCAGCCUGCUGGCGGGCCAGUGUGAGGAGGCAGUGGCGCCCUUGGUCACCGCCACCAUCGAGCGCAUCCUUCAGGAGCUGCCCCCGCUCGGGGGCGGCGCUGAGGCCCGGGGGGCGGCGGCCGCGGCCAGCAGCUGCCAAGGUGGGCUGUACGGCGGCGUGGCCGGGGUGGCCUACAUGCUCUACCACGUCUCGCAGAGCCCGCUCUUUGCCGCGGCCCGGGAGCGCUACCUGCGCUCGGCCAAGCGCCUCAUAGACGCGUGCGCCCGCGCGGAGGAGUGGGGCGAGCCGGACGCCGACACCCGCGCCGCCUUCCUGCUCGGGGGUGCGGGCGUGUACGCUGUGGCCACGCUCGUGUACCACGCCCUGGGCCGCUCCGACUACGUGCAGCCGCUGGGCAAGUUCCGGGCUCUGUGCGCCGUCUGCGCGCCGGUCUCCUUCUUGGAGUGCGGCUCGGACGAGCUGUUCGUGGGCCGCGCAGGCUACCUGUGCGCCGCGCUGGUGCUCAAGCAGAAACUCGCCCAGGAGGUACUGACUCCAGCACAGAUCAAAUCAAUUUGCCAGGCGAUUCUGGACUCUGGGAAGCAGUAUGCCAUGAAAAAGAGGAAACCAUUUCCCCUGAUGUACUCUUACUAUGGAACUGAAUACUUGGGAGCAGCUCAUGGCCUGUCGUCCAUUCUCCAGAUGCUUCUUUCUUACCAUGAGCACCUCAAGCCCUCAGAUCAGGAACUGGUAUGGCAGAGUGUGGACUUCCUCAUGGAGCAGGAACAGAACUGCAACUGGCCACCUGAGCUCGGCGAGGCCAUCGAGAGAGAGAACGAGCUAGUGCACUGGUGCCACGGCGCCCCAGGAAUUGCCUAUCUGUUUGCCAAAGCUUAUCUGGUUUCCAAGAAACCACAGUACCUGGACACAUGUAUCCGGUGUGGGGAACUCACAUGGCAGAAGGGCCUGCUAAAGAAGGGGCCGGGGAUUUGCCACGGUGUAGCUGGCAGUGCCUAUGUCUUCCUGCUGCUAUACCGGCUCACAGGAAACUCUAAGUAUAUCUACCGAGCCCAAAGGUUUGCUGAAUUUUUGUUUACUGAGGAAUUCAAGGCUGGUUCUCGGGUCCUUGAAAGUAUAUACAGCUUGUAUGAAGGCUUCUCUGGGACGGUGUGCUUUCUGAUCGAUCUGCUGCAACCCAAUCAAGCUGAGUUCCCUCUCUUCAGCGUCUUUGUUUAGAAGGCUUCAUCUCCCACUGUGGCCCUGCAGAAGUUCCCUGAGAUUUCCUGAGCCUACUCAAGGCAGUUUCCACAUAAGCCACAUUCAAUGGUAUCACAACCAGGAGCCUUAACAUUGCCUCCAGAAGGAAGGAAGGAAGGGAGAAGGCAGGUGAAGGUAACAUGAUACCAGACUUAAGGGAGAACAGUCUGAGAACCUCAAAAUAAAGAUACCACAACUCUUCUAUUCUAAAAACCGUAGAGAUUUAAUAUUUCAUGGAAUAGAUGUGAAACCAGAGAUCAGAGAAAAAAGGGAAAGAGAAAUGAUCUGUUUUUCAGUUAUGGCAUAGAAAACAAAACUGAAAUGUGGACUAUGGCAAUAAAAUGCCAAUACCUUUGCAAUUGGAAAGAGAGGUUGCUGAAGGACAAAAAGGGAACUCUUGGUUGUCCUAUGGCUUUACUUAUUGAAAUUCAUGAUUUUUACUGAAUGGAUAAAUUUGCAUAUGAAUCUCUAUUUUUUAUCAUUACCCUGGGCACUUUAAAGAAAUCAUAUCAUAACUUAGUUUAAACCCUGAAAUUUGAAGUUUCCUUAGGCCUUAGAGCAUCUCUUUUACUGGUUCCUUUUUCUUUCCUAAAACUCAAGUAGUGAAAUUUGUAGGCUAGGAAAUACUGUAGCAAAUGUUGCUGUCAAGUGUUUUUCUCAAUUUGAAGCGUGAGCUGUGUAUAGUCUAUUGUUAGUAAUUUUUAAAACGCCUAUGUAAUCCCUAUGAAGCUAUUAGCUGAGCUGUAAAAUAUACUCGUGGUAAAAAAUCACUCAUCUCAAAGGUCAGGGUAACCACUACAAAGGUGUGUCAUUUCUGCCUUUGAUGGAAUACUGUGUUCCCUGGGGCAGGCAGACACUGGCUGAGAAAGAGGCUAGUGAUUGUGAAAAGAACAUUGCUGAAUUUUAUACUAUUAGAUUAAAAGAUGAGUGAAUUCCCUGGCUGAUCACCUUACCUUCCAAGACACAGGCUCCACUAGAAAUUGUCUACAAUACUCACUGAGCCAAGGUGUCAUAUUAAAUUCAACCCUGCUGUAAACACAUAGAAGUUGUAAAACUACUUCAAGUAAAUAGUGAGUUGCAGAACACUGUAGGAGUGUCUGUCACUUUAAUACUCAGAACAUGAGUUUACUCUUUUCCUAGAAUUUGGCCACUGGCAAUUUCAUAUACUAGAGUGAGGAGGAAAUUGCAUACUGUAUAAAAUUUAACAAUUAUUUAAAUACUUGCUAAAUAUUUGGAUAUAUGCGAUAGAUGUAAACUAUAUAUGUGUAUUCUACAUCUGUCCCCAUGUGAACCCCAGCACUUAUUUAGUUCAGUAGUUCCUAACUUCUUGAUUCAGAGAUGAACUUCGGAAAGAGUUGUGGAAUACUCUAUUGCCUAAAAAUAUUUGUGUGUGUGUGUUGUUGUAUGUGUGUGUGUUGUGUUGGCAUGUAUGUGUGUGUGCCCAUGUGCUUAUGUGUGUGUGUGCAUGCUCAUUUUUCUGAGAAGAGGAUCUCUAGCAUUCAUAAGAUUCUCAAAGGAUCUGUGGCUGAAGAAGGUCAGAACCGCCUUUGUGUAUUUAAUGACUCUGUUUAUGUUUGGAGUCAUCAGAACAAACGAGGACAAAAUGGUUUUGAAAAUCAUGCACCUUUUUAGCUUACUGUUUCAUUUUCACAUCCUUGGAUAUAAAUAUAUAAAAUUGGCCUCAGUUGUUCAUCUUUGAAAAUACUCUGGUUGGAGCAAUACCACAUAAAUAGCAGAUUUUGGAUGACUCUCAAAGUUGGGUUCUAGAAGUUCUUUCAUGAAUAGUCAAGGACCUCUCAGAAAGCCUUAAGGCAAAAUGCCUUCUGCAAAGUAGUCUCCUUUUGGAAUGAUAGUGGUACCUGCUUUUCACCAUCUGGUUUUAAAUUCAUUUCAUUUGACCCCUGUAGGCUGAUGGUAAUAAGCAUCCAGUAUACAGGGCUUUAUGGAACACAUGCUUUUCUCCUCGUCCAGCAACCUUCGAGGUGAUUUAGGUAACUGAUCCAAAAUCUCACAGCUAGGAAGGAGCAGAAUGAGGAUUCAAACCCAGGGCUUCACUUCACAAGUAUACUCAUUCAGUAUUCUAGACUAGCAUCUGGGGAUACAGCAGUGAACAAAAUACCUCUGGAAGUUACCUUCUGUUUCUGUUUGCUGACCCUUCCACCAUUCAUCCCUGAGACCUAAAACCUAAAGCACUGAGAAGUGAUAAUCUAGCUCAACAUAUCAGUUUCAUUUCUAGAACUUCAGAAAAAAUGGACUCAUUCCUGCUCACCCGCCCUUUUAAGGUUCGGUAGGGCAACUAUGAUGUUGUUGUGCUGACCAUUGUAGAAAGGCAACCCUUUUGUGUGUCAAAUCCAAGCAAAGGCCGUGUUUGGGUGUGUCUUUAUGAAUUGACACCUCGGUAAAUUAGAAACAAAGGUAAGCUUGUUUAGCACUUAAACAUGUUGAAAGUUUUCAUUUUCCUGAAAGAGUAGAAUUACAGGUUUGGGACGGUCCUCUUCUAUCUUCUUUUCCCAAGAAGAGGGAAAAAGACCCUGAGUGCUGCUAUAGAAAGGUGUGGCAUGUCACUUCUUAUUUAAUUAACCAACUGCUUACCUUCUAUGUAGUAACAUUCUUUUUUGAAUAGUGCAUGUUGUCUCUUGAAGGCCACGGGAGCAUUUUUCAUCACCACUAGUAUAGCUUUAAUGUUAUUUACUAUAUGUGGCAUGAACAAUUAUAAACCCUGAAGGUAACAGUGGAAAUAUUUGAGGAUAGAUUGAAAGAAUCUCUCAACAAUGAGGAGACUGCAUUAUGCUUUGAGAACAGGAAGUUUUGGAAAAUAUUAAAACUCUGUAUUUUGUUUCAUUAACACAAUUACAUAUCUUCUCUUCCACACAUAACCCAAAAUAUUAUUUAUCUUCAUUUCUCCCAAUCCCAUUUCAGUCAUCAGUUUCUACUUUUUUGUUUCAUUUGUAACUUGAUAACUGAGAACAGAGGUUUGACAGCAUAUAUUUCCCUGUGCUUCUGCAGGUAACUCACUGCACUGUUAAUACUAUUCACUUUCUGAUAACUCAAGAAGCAGUCAUUUUCUUGGUCUAUGCUAAAUUGGAACUCUUCCAUGGUAAUUUAUAUCUUUAACUUUCUUUGACACACUAAGGUUUUAAUCAAGGUAGUACUCGAGCUGUUGCAAUUUCUGUAGAGAGCAAAUCUCAGUAAUUUCAGUGCAACAAAUAUAAGUUUGUGAUUUAUAACCAUGUUAAGGAAAUACAUGAUUAAAAGGAAAAACCUAUAUAACACAAAGAGCUCUGUGUUGGAAAUCUUAAAGCCUUGCUCUGCCACUUCCAUGGGCUACUCUAAUCAUCGUCAUCAUCAUCAUGCUCUCCACCUCACAGGGUUGUCAUGAGGGUUGUCAAUGAUAAAAUGGAUAUAAGAGAGAUAUGUAAUAUGCAGGUCCUUUAUAUAUUUAAAAAGAAACUAUAUUUUAAGUACCUACUAUGUGCAUAGAAAAUCAUGCUCAAUGAUGACUUCAAAUAAGCGUUUCAGCCAAAUGGAAUCUCCACACGUGAGUGCAGUGCUUGGGGGUCUGGAUCACUUGCUGGAUAAAAGCCAAGUGUUUGUGUUUUAUAUUCUAGAACCAAUCCUGACUAUAGCAUUUGAGCCUCAGAAGGGUCUGAUUCACUGGGGCUUAGUACAUAGGAAUACACUAGUUUAGCUUGGGAGCUCCUUUUAAUGCAAAUAUUUAUUUUGCUUGCUGGAAACAAAAGAUUACAGUGCCAAUAAUGAGAAAAGGAGCUGGUAGGCUAGGUCUGCAGAGCAAAAAUGAACUGGGAAAUAAAGUAGUUUUGGUUGAGUUUAGUCUGCACUUUAAUUCAGGCCUCAGAAUUGCAUGACAUAUAGCAAUAGAAAUAUACUCUCAAUUGCAUAUAAAGCCUUCCUUUGGGAACCUGGGUAUUUAUUCAACACUGUCCCAAAUUAAUGGCUAAAUGACUCAGCCUCAGAUUCGCCAAGGCCAUGUGAUCUUGGCAUAAACUUGGCAAGGAAACCAAAUGAGAAGGGAGGCAAAGGGGUGAGUGGGGGAAAGCUUGCUGCAGCUCAGCAUCUCAGUGUGAGUUGUGGAUGCAUGUUUAAUUCUGCUAAACCCGGUGGCGUAGUGGAUAAUUUGCAUGCU